AUGGGCGGCGUGCGCAGCGACCAUGUUGGGCAGCGGCGCGCGGUGUCCCCGGCUGCGGCGACCUCCCGCGCUAGCUCUGCCUCCGCCUCCGCCCAGCCCGCGGCGCCGACCCGCUCCUCCCGGCCAGUCUCGCGACCAGCGCGCCGGCGACGGGCCCGCCCUCCCAGCGGGCUCCCGCGGCCUGCGGGGCGGGGGGCCGGCGGGGGGCCGGCGGGGGAGGGGACUCGAGGGGCGGGACGCGGGGACCGGGAGGGCCCGAGCCGCCCGCCCGCAGCUGCACUGCGGCGCCGGGGGUGGGCAGUCCCGCGGUCCCGCCCGCUGCGGGGAGGGCGGCUCGGGGCGACCCAGCGUGGCCGGCCACCUGCGACAGGUGGCCGCACGUCUCGGGGAGACCUGGGCCUCGGAAGCGCGGACGCAGCGAAGGCGCCACGGAAACCCAUUAGUCUUCCUCGGCGGUGGUCGGAACUUGCUGGCGGUUUCUUGCUCACCUUUCCCGUUUCCCCUUUCAAAAGGGAUGAAGAGGAAGGUUAUCAAGGCUUAGGGCCGGAGCACCCACGGUAGUCACCAAGUGUGGAGUCCAGGGGACAGUUUGUCCUGAAGGGAGGUUCAAGGAGACUGGAGAAUGAAACAGCAGGUGCAUUCUGGGAUGCUUUUAUCCUAAUAAAACUCCUCCAAAGACUUUGCUGUUUUCCCUCUGCUCGAUAGUCAGGAUCUGGUUUCAGACCUGCCACCCCAUUCUCUCAGCAACACCUCCCUGCUUGGUGCUUGUCCCCAGCUGAACUCCAUCCAUUUCUAUCAUGUAUUAGACAGAAGCAUGAAGAGACCUGUGUGAGGUCAGAAGGCUGUGAAUGUCACAGCCAGAAAUCCGUCUCCACCACUUCUGCUACCUUCUCCAUCAUGCCACUUCCCACAAGGACCAGGGCAACACAGAUUAGCAUCUUUGCACCUUCUUGUGUGAAACACAAGUUAAGUAAAACAAAAUAUCAGCGUGCUUGUGCAAAUGAGAAAUAUAAUGGAGUGAAAUGAGCUUUUCCUGUUAGUAAGAAUAGCAAACAGCAACCAAAAGGAAACCAGUGGAAGUGAAUCAGCUUGGCUUUGAAUGAUUGGAUAUGUGACACAAUAGCGACAUGGGGAAAAUGUGCACACGGCUGCCUAAGGAGCUUUACAUUUAAUAAAAUGCUGUCUAAAGAAAUAGAAUAUCAAAGCUGCUACUGGGGACAGGUUAUCUCCUGAAAGCAGAGAGCCCCAGGCUGUGGAAAUCUGCUGGCUUCUGCUACCAUGGCAGGGUGGGGCUGAGGCUGAGUGGCAAUGGUGUCCCAAAGUGCGGGUCAGGGGCCACAGAAGUUCCACAUAGGGUUCAAAGUCCAAGAAAUCCGACAGGAGACUCGGGCUCCCACUUUUGUUUAGCAACUCAUGGGGAGGGGCUGCCUGAGUGCAGUGACAAAACCCUCAUCCCUGGAAGGCCACUGGACUCUUGUUUGUAAAGCCUUCUCUGCUUAUUAGGUCACCUCCCAAGUGAAACUAGUUCUAUAGUUUAUCCAUAGAUUGGUGAGGCAAACAGUAAAGUUGCUUAGGGAACAGGGAUUUUUUACAAGGUAGGGGCAUUGGAAUUUUCAAAUUCUAUUUCAAAAUAAUUUUACACUGACAAAAAGUUACAAUAAUAGUGCAGAGAAUUACCACAUAUACCUUAACCAACUUUGCCCUAAUGUUAACAUCUUAUGUAACCAUGGUACGAUAAUCAAAACCGGGAGGUUAACAUUGUUACAGUACUAUGUUAUAGUACUAAACUAUAGACUGUUACUUGAAUUUUAGCAGGUUUUCAAAAUGUUCUUUUUUUGGUCCAAGAUCCAAUCCAGCAUCCCACAUUGUGUGUGGUUUUCAUUUCUUCUUAGUCUUCUCCAGUCUGUGACAGUUCCUAAGUCUUUAUUUGUCUUUCAUGGUUUCGACACUUUUGAAGUUAUUAUAAAAUAACUGACCGCAUUUUGGAAUUGUCUGACAUUUUCUGACAAUCAGAUUGAAGUAGGCAGAUUUGGCACAAAUACUAGGGAAGUGUUGUGUCCUCUUCAGUGCAUCAUAUCAAGAGGUACAUGAUGAUGUCUUAUUACUGGUGAUAUUCAUCUUGAUACUUGGUUAGGGAGGGGUCUACUGGGUUUGUCCACCGUAAAGUUACUGUAUUUCCUUAGAAACUAAUACAUAUCUUGUGGAGAAAUACUUUGAGACUAUGCAAACAUCUUGUUUCUCAUCAAAUUUUUAUCCACUAAUUUUAACAUCCAUCAGUGAAUUUUUGCAACAAUUAUUAGUGUAGUGUUUGUAUAACGCUACAACAUAGAAAACAUGAUUUUCUCUUUCCUCCAUCUCUUUUUUGUUUAUUAAUUGGGAUUCUUCUUUAAAGUUAUCUCAUAUUUAUUCAUUCAGUAAUUUAUUUGUGUAUGUAUGGAUUCAUAGAUAUUUAACUUUUUUCUAAGGGUUAUAAUGAAAUAUUGUCAUUUAUCUUAUUGCUCAAAUUAGUAUUCCUUUGGUCAUUGAUUGGCUCCUGUAUCCUUUUGACAUGCCUCCAUCUUGAGCAGUUUCUUGCUUAAAUUUUAUGGUUUGUCUCUUUUCAGCAUGUGUUUCAAAAUGUGGUAGCCAUUAAGUCUCAUCUGUCCUGAUGAACAAACUGGGUUCCCAAGAAUAAAUAGACAGGAGCCCCUCAACUUCACAUUAUCUCAGAUUCAUUAUAUUGUUUGGGCCCACCUCUUAAGAUUCUGAUUUAGCAGGUCUCAUGUUGGGAUUCUAUCUGGAUUUUGUGAAACAUUCAUUAACUGAUAAUUCUAAAGCUAACCGUGUUUGGAAGCCACUGUCCUCUUUCAUAGAUUAUGGGAGUAUAUUUCUUUUCUCUUUUUAAAAACAAUUUUUUUAGUGUUUAUUUAUUUUUGAGAGAGACAGAGACAGAAUGGGGCAGAGAAAGAGGGAGGCACAGAAUCUGAAGCAGGCUCCAGGCUCCGAGCCGUCAGCACAGAGCCCAACGCGGGACUCGAGCUCACAAGCUGUGAGAUCAUGACCUGAGCCGAAGUCAGAUGCUCAACCGACUGAGCCACCCAGGCUCCCCAUGGGAGUAUAUUUCUUAUUGGUCUCUAGCUGUGCUACUCAAAGUGUGGUCUGCAGACCAGCAGCCUUGGCAUCACCUGGGAACCUAUUAAAAAUGAAAGUGUUUGGGCUCCUCUCAGGCUUAAAGAAGCAGAAUCUCUGGGGGUGGGGCCUAGGCAUCAGCAUUUUAAUGACCUCUUCAGGAAAUUCUUAUGCACACUGAAAUGGGAGAAGUACUGCAAAUAUACUGUGUUGUAGCUGGUAAAAAUCACAGACAGGCAAACAAAAUUCAUCCUUCCAGCCUAAAUCCUACUUGAAGCAAUACUACUGACUUUUUUGUUGUUGUUAUUUGUUUGUUUGUUUGUUUCUUCCUGGAACGUGUUUACAUAAAGAUUCUCAUAAUCCAGUGCUAUAUUUUUCUUGGGUAUCAUCCAAAUUGUACCAAACAUAUGCCUAGGUGCUUCUAUAAAGCUAUCAAAUUAGAGAGGAAAAAGUGGAUUCUUGUUUGCAAACAGUGAUACAGACAUUCUGACACACAGAACCACUUCCUUUUUCUGUGGAGUUCCAGUGUCUUUCUCACAGAAGAAACAAUGCCAAAAAAAAAAAAAAAAAA